AUGCCUCCGAAAGGUGGAAAACUCCAGCCAAAGCCCAACGAGUGCGCCGAUGCUUCGGCAUACAACUCGGCGUCCCUCACUGGUUUUGAGUUGCAAUGCUUCCGUGAAACCAAUCUCUAUACGAAGAACCGAAACAUUUCUACGCAUUAUGGUACAUCGCGAGUACUUUCACCACUCCAAGGGAGAACAGUCGAUAAUGCCAAGGCCGCGGGAGAGGUUCCACCGAAUGUUUCUGCCAGGUCCUUCCCAGAGAGUGACAUGUGUUGCGGAAUAGGGGCGCUUGAAAUUUGCCUCUCCUGGAUCAACAUUGGCAACGAACUUAAAGGCCACAAGAAUGACGCCGAGUCCCAUUGGAAGUUCGUCGAGAUUCAACCUACGCAUAUAGUGUCGGGUAUACAGAGCACGACAGCCGCAUCAGUGACUGGUAAAAAUGCAAUCGAAUCAGUGAAAGUUGCAAAUCCUCUUACCAACCCAGUUUGCAUCACACCGAUAGAGGAGCAGAGCAAUGGAAAGACGAAACUAGACACCCAUUCUAAAUGGCACGACGGUAAGCGCAACUCCAAAGUCGCUAUGGAGAACAAGGCUAUCCGCGCCAAAGCUGCUGCCACCAGAAAGGGGGAAUGCGAAAUCCUUUCCGGAGAGGAGGCAUCCUCCGAAUCCUCAAUGAUCCUUGAUGAAAACGACGACGACGACGACGACGACGACGACGAGCAUUAUGACACUCGCCCCAUAUGGCCUCUGACAAACGAAACGACAUCCGAUACCUCAACAAUCACAUUUACAGGGAAUUGUCCCCAAACAAAAUCCAUGUGGAGCCCGAUAAGUUCAUUGGAGAACACGAUUGCGCUGUCCUUGCUGCUCUAG